CCGCCAGCAGAACUCCGAACUACUUCCUCCAGCACGCUCUUGGUGGUUUGGUCCACGGUCAAUACCCCCUCCUUUUCAUUCCUCCCCCUCCUUUUUCGAGCGGUGAUUUCGCCUGUAUUUCAUCCAGCUGGGACUCGAGGCCGCGCAACCAUGACGCUUUUUAUCCUUACCGAAACCAGCGCGGGUUACGCCCUGCUGAAGGCCAAGGACAAGAAGUUGUUGAAGAGAGAUGAUUUGGCUGAGGAGGCGUCCACGCCGGAGGGUGUCUCGAACUUGUUGAAAUUGAAGAGUUUCCAGAAAUUCGAGAGUGCCACCGCCGCUCUGGAGGAAGUCGCUUCCCUUGUCGAGGGAAAGGUGACUCCUCGUCUUGCCAGUCUUCUUGAGGAGAUCAAGGAUGAGAAGAAGGCUUCUCUGGCCGUCGCCGACCCCAAGCUCGGUAACUCCAUUGGCAAGCUUCCCGGCCUGUCGCUGCAAUUGGUGGCCGACUCCUCGACCGCCGACGUCUACCGUGCCAUCCGUGAACACCUGCCCACAUUAAUCCCCGGCCUCAUGCCCCAGGACAUGUCCACCAUGUCUCUGGGUCUGUCUCACUCCCUCGCUAGACAUAAGCUGAAGUUCUCGCCCGACAAGAUCGACACCAUGAUCGUGCAGGCCAUCGGUCUGCUGGAUGAUUUGGACAAGGAGCUGAACAACUAUGCCAUGCGUGUGAAGGAAUGGUACGGCUGGCACUUCCCCGAACUGGCCAAGAUCCUGAACGACAAUUUGGCCUACGCCAAGCUUGUCCUGAAGAUGGGUAUGCGCUCUAACUGGGAGUCCUCCGAUCUGGCCGAGUUCCUUCCCGAGGAGCUGGAGCCCAUCGUCAAGGCCGCCGCGGACCGUUCCAUGGGUACCGAGAUCAGCCAGGACGAUCUGGAGAACAUCCAGGCCCUGGCCGAGCAGGUUGUUGGCUUCUCUGAGUACCGCCAGCAGCUGGCCGGCUACCUGACCGCGCGUAUGAACGCCAUCGCCCCCAACCUGACUGCCCUUGUCGGCGACCUGGUCGGUGCCCGUCUGAUUGCCCACGCCGGCAGCCUGACCAACCUCUCCAAGAGCCCCGCCAGUACUCUCCAGAUUCUCGGAGCCGAGAAGGCUCUGUUCCGUGCGCUGAAGACCAAGCACGACACGCCCAAGUACGGUCUGAUCUACCACGCUUCGCUCAUCGGUCAGGCCACUGGCAAGAACAAGGGUAAGAUGGCUCGUGUUCUGGCCGCCAAGGCCUCUCUGGGUCUGCGUGUGGAUGCCCUCGCCGAGUGGGACGAGGAGGCCACGGAGGAGGACAAGUCCGCUCUGGGCACGGAAGCCCGCUACAACCUCGAGCGCAAGCUGGCUGCCAUGGAGGGCAAGCCCCUCAAGCCCCGCGGUGUCGCCAUUGCCCCCACCGGCGGGCCGCAGAAGUUCAACGUCAACGAAACCCGGAACUACAACGCCGACGCCGACGCUGUGGCUGAAGAGCCUGCUUCGGCCAAGAAGCAGAAGAAGCUGGUCCAGGAGGUUGAGGAUCAGGAGAUGGCCGACGCCGACUCCGACGACGAUUCGUCCGACGACUCGGAAGAGGAGUCGACCAAGAAGUCCAAGAAGAGCAAGGACGCCGACCUGGAGAAGCUGGCCGAGAAGGCCGGACUCAGCCUGAAGCGGUACAAGCGCAAGCUCGAGCGCGGCGAGAUCGAGUUCGACGCGGACGGCAACCCCAGCUCGGUCAGCAAGAAGGACCUGAAGAAGGCCAAGAAGGAGUCCAAGAAGUCAUCCAAGGGUGACGAGAAGAAGCGCAAGCGAUCAGACGAGACCGAGGAAGCCGACUCCGAAAAGAAGAAGAAGAAGAAGAGCAAGAGCAAGGAUUAAAUGUUUUUUUUUCGAUUCAAGAAAUGAGGAGUCCGGCAGAAAAAGUUCCCCUUUAAAGCACAGCUGAUGGGCCAUGUUGCUUCUUCUACGUUUUUCCUGUAUGAUAUCACAAUCUGUGGGCUUGGAAUUUCUUUUUCUUUGUGAUUUUUUUUUAUAUUGCUGUUUUCCACUUCAAUCUAUGUUUUCUUGGGUGGCAUUUAUGGAUGGAAUGCAGGUCUAUCCACGGCGCAGCGGUGCUCGAGUUGUUAUCAAGGAAGUUCAAAUAAUUCAUUCACC